GCCUUUUUCAUCCUGAUUAACAUAUUAAUUUAAGAGUAUCUGAUUGUGAAUUCUCCCCUGUAGCAUUUUAACCAGAAUUGCAGGCACAACAUUGUGCCUGUUGUGGUGUGCGUCAAAUCAAGACCGAAAAGCAAAGCACCCAUUUUGCCUCUCUUUAAAACUCAUAUUUAAAACCCAGCUUCGAGAAACCAUGCCGUAUUCUCUCCAGGCUCCUCAGUUACUUGAAAUGUCAGGGGAGAAUUAUGAAUCAAGAUCGCCGUCGCGGGAAGGUCUCUACUGCCAGUUACUUAUAGACAAAAUCCCUGAGCACUCCUCAGCCUUCGACUAUUACAUCGACCCUUCGAUGAUUUCAAAACCAACUCUGAACCCCCCUCCUACAUCACUUGCCUCUGAUAACGGACUCACCUGCGAAUCAAAUCAUUUCACAACAAAUUCAAGCACGCUUUUUUUCGACAAUUCCUUCACCGCUUUGAACACAAGUAUGUCUAGUGGACCAAAGCCUAAUAUUCAGAGAGACACCACCUAUGUAUUGGAGGACCAGAAUCCCCUCAAACAUAACGUCAGGAUGAACGAUCUGGCAAAUCUUUCCUCUCCCAUUCUCCGCUCCGGGAUGAAAACUGACCUCGAACAAAACUACGCCUAUAGCGCUCCGAGAGACGAGAUAGAGUAUGCAGAUGUGCUGAUAAACACGGAGAAUGAAUUGUAUCCACGCUUGAGUCAGCUAGACGACUUCUACAACUCUAAAACCCUCAGUCAGUGUUUCCAAGACCCCAACGGAGAUAGACCCUUCAGUUCAAACUUUAUUAAUGAGCAUCUUUGGCUCUUCAGACGCCCCUCGCGGGCUAUAGCGCAUCGGGAAAGGAUGCCCUCCAGACUACAGGGGAGAAAUCUCUCCGAAAGGAAAGAUACCCGGGAAUGGUCAGGCACCGAUCUCACCCCGAGUCAAAGCUCGUCUCUCUCACAACCCUCAUUGCAGAUCCUAGACCAGAGAUCCUGGGGAGUGCUAGAUGUAAAGACGGACACUAUCAAGCCGACUGAAGCAUUGAUCAACCAAUUCCAGGUUCCCGUGUGCCCUUUCCCCACCUCCAACACCUCCGAUAUCUCUUUUCAGAAGUCAGAUAAUGGAUACGGCGUAAGCAAAAGUUUUGAACCCCCCCUGGACAACGAAACCGGGGUAAGGUCUCGGGACAUGUACAUUCCCCAAAAUCCUAGCAGCCGCGAGAACAAUCGGCAUUCAAAGAUGUCGCAAGUGACGGAAGAACCAGUUUUCCCUGAAACUAGCGAUAAUAUUAAGCCUGUAAAAAGGAAAAGGGGAAGGCCACCAAAAGUUAAGCGAGAAGCAGCACCCCCGGUAGCGGUUAUCUGCCCCUCGUUGGAAGGCUUGGCAUACGUGGCUCACGAAAAGUUUAACGAGUACUUAAAAAGCGAGAAAGAAGCGGUGGAUGGGUCUAAUUACAAGACAAGAACUCGUGGUACCAGAAACGGUGCCAUUGAAGCCACUCUUAAAAUGGCUUCCAACGAGUAUGUCCAUUCAUACCUGUCAUACAGUUCGACCUCGGAAACAGAGACUCCAAAGCCCAAAAGGGCCAAGAAACGGGAAAGGGUAACAAGGAAGCCAAGCUCCGAAGCCAGUUCCCAUUCAUGUUCCUUCGUAUCGCUGGGAUCACACAAGAAACGAACCAUUGGACCUCGCUCCAAGACGGGAUGUUACACCUGCCGAGUCCGUCACAAAGCGUGUCCGGAGGAACGGCCAGAGUGCAGCCAGUGUGCAAGAUUGGGCCUUACCUGUGAUUACAGCGAUCUGAGACCAGAUUAUAUGUCCAAUACGCUGCUCCACGAGAUUAAAUUGCGGGAAAUUAAGGAUGUGACAAGGCAGCAGAAAAAGUCAUUGGGGAAGAAGAAGAAGCGGGAAGUGAGCCUAGUAUAGCUAGAUUAUCUAAGAAUUUUAUACCCAUUGACGAGAAGUGAAUAAUUAAUGGUCUCAUCAUUUCCAGAGAUCUAUAUUUAGGUUUACCAGAAAGCGUCUCUC